GCGAGUUGUUCCGGGGAGAAGAAGAAGAAAGAUGUCCACCGUAGCUAACGUUAGCUAGCAUCUGGGGCUCGAAAAAUGAUGCGCCGUUCAUCAUUUUGUCGUUUUUUCUCUUCGAGCGAGCCACAGCCAUAACUAAAACAUCCCUCCGUCGACUGUAUAAGAACAUAACUACGGGAGUGUGUUAUUAGAGUGAUUCAUAACGUAGUUUUUGGGAGGCUGUGUGUGUGUUUGUGCAGGGGGGGGGGUGGGGGUCUCGUCAGGUCAGCUGUCCGUCAGUUAAACGUCAGUGAGAACCAGUCGUCAUGGCGGCUCCGGUAAACAUCCAGACUCCCAGUAAGACCUGGGAGCUGAGUCUGUAUGAGCUUCACAGGAGCCCUCAGGAGGCGAUCAUGGAUGGGACGGAGGUGGCGGUGUCUCCCCGCUCUCUGCACAGCGAGCUGAUGUGUCCCAUCUGUCUGGACAUGCUGAAGAACACCAUGACAACCAAAGAGUGUCUGCACCGCUUCUGCUCUGACUGUAUCGUCACCGCGCUGCGAUCCGGGAACAAAGAGUGUCCGACCUGCAGGAAGAAGCUGGUCUCCAGGCGUUCGCUGCGCCGAGACUCCAACUUUGACGCGCUGAUCUCCAAGAUCUACCCGAGCCGCGAUGAGUACGAGGCCCACCAGCGCCGCGUCCUCGAGAGACUCAACAGGCUGCACAACAAGGAGGCGCUGAGCUCCAGCAUCGAGGAGGGGCUCCGACAGCAGGCCCGCUACAGGAACCACCGGGUGAAGAAGCCGACUCAGGAGAGCGACAACACCACCUUCAGUGGCGGGGAAGACAACGGCGACGCCCGCUCCCACCUGUCCCAUGACUCGGCGCCCUCGCACACCCCUCUACCCGCCGGUCAGACCCCGUCGGAGGCCGGCCCGAGCCGCAAGCGGCCGCGGGCGUCCGAAGACGGCUCGGGGCCCGAGGCGGACAGCGGCAGCCCCACGCCUCCGCUGAGGCGCCACAAAGAGGGGCCGGCCUCGGAGAUCGAGCUGGUGUUCAGACCCCACCCGGAGCUGGUCCACGCCGAGGACUACAACCAGACCAGAUACGUGAAGACGACCGCCAACGCCACGGUGGACCAUCUGUCGAAAUACCUUGCUCUGCGCAUCGCUCUGGAGGACAGACGGACCAACGGAGAGACAGAGGACAGAGGACGAGAGGAGGGAGGAGGAGGAGGCGGAGGAGAGGAAACAGGAGGAGCAGCAGCAGGUGGAGAGGGGUCGAGUCUGAGCGCCAUCAGUGAGAAACAGUACACCAUCUACAUCAUGACGAGAGGAGGACAGAUCUCUACUCUGAACGGCUCUCUGACUCUGGAGUUGGUCAACGAGAAAUACUGGAAGGUGAGGAAGCCUCUGGAGCUUUACUACGCUCCCACCAAGGACCAGCCACCGCCGCCGCCACCACCACAGCAACCGCAGCAGAAGUCCCCUCCCCCACAGAGGGAGGGAUGAGGGGGAGCGCUGUCCUGCUUUUCUCUCCAACCGCACGUCUUCUUCUGAAGGUGGAAGUUCAGUCUGCAAAAUAGAGCUCAACAGCACCCGCCAAUUUGUUUUUUUUUUUAACGGCUCAGGUUCCCGGAAGUGUUUAUCCCCGUUCGAUUGUUCCAUUGACGUUUUUCAAAAAUAAUUGCGGGUUGUAUAAAGAAUUUUACGUCUGGAACCGAGCCAACCAGAAAGGGAGGAAUCAUCACCAUGACACAUUUGAUUCAGCACGAAAACCCCCCAAAAACAUUUUGAAAACGUAAAAAAAAAAAAGGCAAAGG